AAUUUUGGGCACAAAAGGCAACGAAAAACAAAAAUUCCAAAAUAAAAAGAAAAGGGAAAACAAGGAAUUUCGCCGAUUGUUGCUCUCUCAGUCCCAAAUCACUCUCUCAGAUCACAGUUCGUUUCUCAUCGCCUUCUCUUCCCCGGCGAAUCAAUCAAACCAGCGCCUACUGAAAUUUUCAAUCAUUUCUAUUGCUCCGAUCUGUUGUUGUUGUUCAACAACUCGCUCCAGUAUUUGCCGCUUUUUUCUCUCAUUCUCUCUCUCUACAUGGCAAUGGCAAGCAGCGGCCAUGGCGGAAGAGGACAAGAAGAAGAGGAAAACCAGUUAGCUGCUCAACUGAGCAUAACCCUAAAAGAGGGGGAGAGGAUUCUGGGCCCCACGCGAAGACCCGACGGAACCCUAAGAAAACCCAUCCGAAUUAGGGCCGGCUACGUCCCUCAAGAUGAAGUUGCCAUUUACCAGUCCAAGGGCGCUCUCUGGAGGAAGGAGAUGCAAUCGUCACAGGAGGUGCCGCCCGGUUACGAUCCGGUUGCGGAUGCGAAGCCCAAGACCAAGGCGGCCAAAAGGAAUGAAAGGAAGAAGGAGAAGCGACUCCAGGCUGCUCUUGAUAAGGGUAAAAACUUAGAUAAGAAUGAAGUGUCAGCUGAAGAUGCUAGUCAGGGAUCAGAAUCUGUGGAGCCAGUGGUAUCAGAGAUAAAGGACCUUUCUAUUUCUGCAAAUUCUACUGCUGCUACAUCUCCCUCGAAUUCAACGCAAUGUUCUCCUUCAGAUCCUAACCCAGAACUUGAUAAAAAAAUGAGAGCACUAAAAAAGAAGAUACGGCUUGCAGAAGCUCAACAGCAGAAAACAUUGCAGCAAGACAUGAAGCCAGAGCAAUUGGAGAAGAUGGCUAAAAUAGAAGAUUGGCGCAAGGAGCUGAGACUCUUGGAAGUUCAAAAGUCUGAGCUAGUGACCUCAUAGGUCAAGGUUUGUCUUAGGAUUAAGGAAUUUGGUGUAGUUUCUAAUUGUUGUUGCUUCAUCAGGACUACAAUUUGGAAAGAGACGCCCCUCUCUAUGUAAGAUUUUACUUGUGCAA